UUAGUUUUCUGUACCCACAUUCUCAUUUCUUUCAUAAUCUUUAUAUCUUUCUCUUUCAAAUUUUCUUGAUAAAUGGUGACAUAAUUCCAUUGAAAAAUUUCCAGAAAAAUGUCAACUUUAAAGGUACCUUCAUCGCUUCCUUCUGCGAAAGAUGAUGCUACCCAAAUUCACAAAGCUUUUAAAGGAUUAGGAUGUGAUGCUGGAAUAAUCAUCAACAUUCUUGCUCACAGAAAUGCAACACAAAGAGAUAACAUUCAACAAGAAUUUGAAACCAUGUAUUCUUAUGAGCUUAAAAAAGGCUUAUCUUCAGAGCUUCAUGGCCAUCUCAAGAAAGCAAUUUUGCUUUGGAUGCAAAAUCCACUGGAAAGGGAUCUUAGUACAUUGAGGCAAUCUCUAACAGGACCUAUUGUUGAACUUAAAGCUGCUACUGAAGUAAUAUGUUCUCGUUCUUCUUCUCAAAUUCGACAAAUUAAACAGGCUUAUACUCCCACUUACGGUACUCAACUUGAGUAUGAUGUUGAUGCUCACACUUCUGGCAAUCAUAAACAGUUGAUGCUGGCAUAUUUAAGCACAACGCGAUAUGAAGGCCCGGAAAUUGAUAGAGUGCUGGUAGAGAAUGAUGUUAAAACUAUACAUAAAUAUGGAGACAGGAAAGCUGGGAUGGAUGAGAAGAUUUUGAUACAGGUUUUUAGUGAAAGAAGCAGAGCACAUUUGGUUGCACUUGAUUCUACUUAUCAGAAAGUGUAUGGCAAAGAACUGAGAAGGGCUAUUAAAAGAGAAGCAUCUGGCCAUUUCAAGCAUGGCCUGUUAACAAUCUUGCAAUGUGCUGAAAAUCCUGCCAAGUACUUUGCAAUGAUGUUGCGCAAGGCAAUGAAGGGUUUGGGAACGAAAGACACCACAUUGAUAAGGAUAAUAAUUACAAGGACUGAAGUUGAUAUGCAAAAAAUAAAAGAUGAGUAUCAAAAGCUUUACAAGAAAUCACUAAUUGAUGCUGUUCAUUCUGAGACAUUAGAUGUAAUUUUUCCCUUGAUUUUCAAGGAGGAGACGUGGAAUAUUAUUUUGGUUAUCGUCUCUGUUUAAUCACAUUUCUUUGACGAUGAUUAAUAAGCAUGUGUAUGCAUGACAACUGGAAAUUCUGCAAAUUUUUUCUUUUUUUGUACAUGGGGAAUUUCUAAGGUUGAUUUUGUAC